AUAAAUAUAUAUAUAUAUAUAUAUAUUUUUUUUUUUAUUAGCUGUUUCUUAUAUGAAGCUUUUCCCAUUUUUCCUUUGCCAUUUGGGGGUUUCUCUGUUACUCCCUCAACUCUUCCGCUUCUGCUCCUCCAAUUCCAACUCUUUACUAUGACACAACAACAACUACCUUCUGCAAUCAACUCUGCUUUAAGGGUUUUUCUUCAAUUUUCAAACUAAAUAGUAAAAGUAGGUUUGAAGGUCCUCCGUUGCUUCUUGGAACACCGACACAGGUACGGUAUAUCAUGGCGGCAAGCUGGGAUGGAAGUAACGACCCCGGCAGCCAGUCUGAUGAUAGCUUUCAUUUUGAGAGGUUGCACAUUGAGCCUCUUUAUGAUGCUUUUGUAUGUCCACUGACGAAGCAAGUUAUGCGCGAUCCUGUUACUUUAGAAAAUGGACAGACUUUUGAACGUGAAGCAAUUGAAAAAUGGUUCAAGGAAUGUAAGGAGAGUGGACGAAAACUGGUUUGCCCUUUGACUUUGCAAGAAUUAAGAAGCACAGAACUGAAUCCAAGUAUGGCUUUGCGUAACACCAUCGAAGAGUGGACUGCCAGGAAUGAAGCUGCGCAGCUGGAUAUGGCUCGCCGCUCGCUGAGUAUGGGGAGUCCAGAAAAUGAAACUCUUCAGGCCUUGAAGUAUGUCCAGCACAUCUGCCAAAGAAACCGGCCGAAUAAGCACACUGUUCGCAAUGCAGGGCUUAUAGCAAUGAUCGUUGACAUGCUGAAGAGUAGCAGCCGUAAGGUUCGUUGCAGAGCUUUGGAGACCCUUAGAGUUGUGGUGGAGGAAGUCGAUGAGAAUAAGGAAUUGUUAGCUGAAGGGGAUACUGUGCGUACGAUAGUAAAAUUCCUUUCGCACGAGCUUUCUAAAGAAAGAGAGGAGGCUGUCUCCCUGCUCUACGAGCUCUCAAAAUCUGCAACCCUUUGUGAGAAGAUUGGUUCAAUCAACGGAGCCAUUCUUAUGUUAGUAGGAAUGACAAGCAGCAAAUCAGAAGAUCUUUCAACUGUUGAGAAGGCUGAUAAAACAUUGGAGAAUCUUGAGCAGUGUGAGAAUAAUGUGCUGCAGAUGGCUGAAAAUGGUAGAUUGAAGCCUCUUCUGACCCAGCUUCUUGAUGGUCCACCAGAAACCAAACUCUCCAUGGCUGGAUACCUUGGUGAACUGGUUUUAAAUAAUGAAGUUAAAGUCCUUGUUGCUCGAACUGCGGGUUCAUCUUUGAUCAAUAUAAUGAGUAGUGGCAAUUUGCAGUCACGAGAAGCAGCACUGAGGGCUCUAAAUCAGAUAUCAUCAUGUGACCCAAGCGCAAAGAUUUUAAUAGAGGCUGGAAUACUUUCUCCUCUUGUCAAUGACCUUUUUGCGGUGGGUCCUAAUCAGCUUCCCACACGGCUAAAAGAGAUCUCGGCUACAAUUCUUGCCAGUGUUGUAAACUCAGGAGAAGACUUCUAUUCCAUUCCAUUUGGUCCUGAUCACCAAACUCUGGUCUCAGAGGAUAUAGUUCGUAAUCUACUCCAUCUUAUAAGUAACACUGGUCCAGCAAUAGAGGGAAAACUUCUCCAAGUUCUUGUCGGACUUACUAGUUAUCCAACUACAGUUCUGAGUGUUGUUGCUGCUAUCAAAAGCUCUGGUGCCACUAUCAGUCUAGUUCAGUUCAUCGAGGCACCACAGAAAGAGUUGCGGGUAGCGUCCAUAAAACUUCUUCAGAAUUUGUCUCCACAUAUGGGUCAGGAGCUAGCUGAUGCACUACGUGGCUCAGUUGGACAGCUUGGUAGUCUAAUUAAAGUCAUAUCAGAAAAUACAGGAAUCACUGAAGAGCAGGCAGCAGCUGUUGGCCUUUUAGCUGAUCUACCUGAAAGGGAUUUGGGCCUGACGAGACAGCUACUAGAUGAAAGUGCCUUUGUGAUGGUCAUAUCUAGGGUGAUUGCCAUCAGGCAGGGAGAGAUCAGAGGCACUCGCUUUGUGACACCCUUCCUUGAAGGGCUUGUGAAGAUUGUUGCCAGGGUUACAUAUGUCUUAGCCAAUGAGCCUGAUGCCAUUGCACUCUGCCGAGAUCACAACCUGGCCGCACUGUUUAUUGACCUGCUUCAGUCCAAUGGACUCGAUAAUGUACAGAUGGUUUCUGCCACAGCUUUGGAGAAUUUAUCGCAAGAAUCAAAAAAUUUAACCAAGUUACCUGAGGUGCCAUCACUGGGUCUAUGUGCUUCAAUCUUUUCAUGCUUCAGCAAACAGCCCAUCAUAACUGGAUUAUGUAGGCUCCACCGGGGGAUGUGUUCUUUAAAAGAAACAUUUUGUCUUUAUGAAGGGCAAGCAGUCCUUAAGUUAGUAGCCCUACUGGACCACACAAAUGUGAAUGUGGUUGAGGCAGCACUUGCAGCCUUAUCUACUUUAAUAGAUGAUGGAGUAGAUAUUGAGCAAGGAGUGAUGAUUUUGUGUGAAGCUGAGGGAGUGAAGCCUAUACUUGAUGUGUUGCUUGAGAAACGAUCAGAAAAUUUGAGGAGGAGGGCAGUUUGGGCAGUUGAGAGACUAUUGCGAACAGAUGAUAUAGCCUUUGAAGUUUCUGGGGAUCAAAAUGUGAGUACUGCACUUGUGGAUGCUUUCCAGCAUGGUGACUAUCGAACUAGGCAGAUUGCUGAGCGUGCCCUCAAGCAUGUUGAUAAGAUACCCAACUUCUCAGGAAUCUUUCCAAACAUGGGAUGAGCCUGUGCCUGUUGUAGAUGCUUCACUGUCGAGUUGAUGAUCACAAAAAUUUGUAUGUAAUUUUCUGUUGUAAUUCCAACCAGUUUUGGAUUGUAUCUAUGGUUAUCGUCUGCUAUGCAUUUAUCCAACUGCAGUCGGGUAUUGUUGUAUACAAAUUACGCAUUCUUUUACGAGUUGUUCAUUUGUUGCUCAUGAUUCUGUCACUUUUUUAUGCUUACACCAGAUGUUAUUCCCUAGCUUCUCGAGCUAUGAUCAGUUUAGUUUCUUUCCCUUUUAGAUUUAGUUCGUCAAAAAUAAUGGGACGUGUAAAGUAGAAAAACACGAAUGUAAUUACUUUUGAUUUAGUGUGAAAAACACAGAAUAUUUCUGAUU